AGAUUGUAAAUUUCUUUAGCAAAUUAGGGAAUAUAUUGAGUCCAAAAAAUAAAAUGAUGUUGUUUUUCUUCCUUGCCAUAGUACUUGCGGCAAAAACAGCCCAAGCUGAUUUCGAUGGUCCUGUUAUAGUCAACCAAAUUUACCUUCUCCGACCGCAGUAUGGUUCCGGCGGCAGAAACGGAGUAACAUGCCUGAGUUGGCGAUUCGGCGUCGAGACCAACAACAUCAUUGACUGGGAAACGGUUCCGGAGGAAUGUGCGCUCUACGUAGGGAACUACAUGCUCGGCCAGCAGUACAGGCAGGACUCAAAAGCGGUUGUUAAAGAAGCUUAUCGCUACGCCAAGAGCCUCAUCCUUGCUGAUGACGGCAAGGACGUGUGGAUCUUUGAUAUAGAUGAAACUACACUCUCUAACCUACCUUUUUAUGCCAGAUAUGGAUUUGGGGUGAAGCCUCACGAUGCCGAAUUGUUCAAUGAAUGGGUCCUGACGGAGAGCGCCCCAGCAUUGCCGGAGAGUUUAAAGCUGUAUAAAAAGUUAUUAGCUUUGGGGAUUAAGAUUGUAUUCCUGACAACGAGAAACGAAGACAAAAGACACGCCACUGAGGAUAAUUUAUUAAUUGCUGGAUACCGAACUUGGGAAAAAAUUAUAUUCAAACAGGAUUCAAAUUAUUCAAUAACAGCAGUUGAGUACAAAUCAGCUGAGAGAAAGAAGUUAGAGGAUGCUGGAUAUAAAAUUGUUGGGAACAUAGGGGAUCAAUGGAGUGAUCUCUUGGGGACAAAUACCGGUUGUAGGACUUUCAAAUUGCCUGACCCCAUGUACUACGUCAGUUGAAUUGUCGCCAUGGCUAAUUAUAUAUGCCUCACUGUGUGUGUGUGUAUAUAUAAUAUAGUUGAACUAAAUAAAUUACAUCCUAAGUUGUUGUAAUAACUAAGCAUGUUCUUAAUAUAUAGGAAAAAAUCACAAAUAUGCCACUUUAUUAAGUAUUGGAUAUUUUAUGCACGUGCUCCUAAGGACUAUAUAUAGUGUAAAUGCUAAUGUUAUAUUUGGUACAAAAAGUACGAAAUAUGACAUAUUUGAUAUUAUUUCAAUAUUGCAAGUCAAGAGAAAAAAUCAUAAAUUAUAUACUUUCUCAAGAAGGAGCGGCCGUAUAGUGGUUUAAUUAUGAGUCUUGGAAUGAGAAAGGAUUCCAAGUUGUAUAAAUGAAACCGCUCUGUUUUCCUUCUAUUGUUUUUGUUUGCCUU